AUGCUUGGUGUUGCGGCAGAUAGCCAACAGCCCGUGCAGCCAGCUUAUGGCGGCCACAGGGCUCUCCUUCCUUCUCCCUGCCACACCCAUCAGCUUAUUGGGCCUUGUCGGCACCUUUUGAGGCUGCACGUUGCAACUCCCUUCCUACUUGCUCGCUACCCGUUCCCCGCAACUCCGAAUGAUGCGCUACCGACUAGCACCUCCUUACCACCUGUGCACCCACAUUACCGCCACUUGCUCGUAGCGCCCCACCAUUGCUUGCCGCCGCCGCCGCCGCCGCCGCCGUCGUCGUCAUCGUCGUCGUCGUCGUCGUCGUGUGCGCAUCACCGCGCGGGCCGAUUAUCGCUGGCGGAGCACGCGGGCAUCGCCAGCCCGCUUCGUGCACCAACGUCCGUCCGCCGCGCGUCAAGGGCGGUCGCCACUCCCUCCUUCACCCGCCUGCGCGGGUGGCUGCGCGCCUCCCCUCCUCUCAUCAUCCGCUGGCAGCGCGGCGACAGCCGGGCGGGCCUCUCCGCGCCCGUGUGGCCCCCCGCUGACGCCCCCCUUGUGCCGCUCCACCACACCUUCCGGGUACGCUGCGGUAGGAGGGGCAGCGGGAGGGACACUGGGGGGCGCGGGACAAGUGUGGGUGCUGUGUGGGGGCGAGUGGCACUCGGCAGUCACACAUGCGCCCCCCACUCAGCAACAAACCCCUCUCCACCCUCGCCCACGCUGCAUGCACCUUCCAUCUCCCCCACCUUCCAUCUCCCCCACCUUCCAUCUCCCCCACCUUCCAUCUCCCCCACCUUCCAAUUCAAAUUCAAAUUCUCAGUGCAUUCGCAUUCUCCCUCUCUCCCUCCCCCACUCCCCUCCCCAUUCUUCUCCCCCUCUCUAAACCGUCCCCUUCUCAUCCCUCUCCUCACUCUUCCUUCCCCACCUUCCUCCCCCCCAUUCCCGCACACCAUUCCCCACCUUUCGCCCCCUUUCCCCCCCAUUCUUCCCGUUCCCCACUCUUUCCCCCUCUUUCCCCCUUUUCCCCCCUCUUUCCCCUUUUUCCCCUCUUUUCCCCCUCUUUUCCCCCUCUUUCCCCCUCUUUCCCCCAUUAUCCCAGUGACGCUGUACAGGGAGAGGGGAGCCCCCACGGCGCCCUACCUGCGCAAGGCAGCCACCUUCACACUCCACCACGCGCUACCCGCCGCCGCCGCCCACCCAAGCCACCCACCCGAUGCACCAUCCGAGCCUGCCUUCCAGGCUGGGCCCGAGCCUCUGGGGCGGGCGCAGCUGGACCUGGCUGAGCUGGCGGACUGUGACGGGGUGGUGGAGCGCCGCCUCAAAGUGGCGCCCGGGCCCGCCAUGCUGGCUGACGUGGCGGCUGCUGAGAGGCCGGCGGGGGCGGUGCUGGUGGUGAGCGUGGAGUGCGUUGGGAAGAAGCUCAGCCGCGAGGCCGCCGCUGAGGAGGCCCACAUCGAGAGGGUGGGCGUGGGAUGGGGGGUGGAUGAUAGCAUUGGAGAAGCAGUUGGGUUGGGUGAGGGGGAGUGGAUGCGAUGGGUGGAGGGUUGGGAGAAUAUAGAGUGGUGA